UCCAACAGAAUAACUACUUGCAGAUGUGACUACUGAACACUUAAAACACAACUGGUAUGAAGGAGAAGUUACUCCAUUUUAUUUCAUUUUGAUCAAAUUGAAACAGCUGCAAGUGGUUGACUACUAUACAGAACAAUGUGGAUUUUCAGGUCCACAAGGUUCACAGAGUUAAGAAGCCAGAGGUUGGGAAGCCAUGGGCCGGGCACGCAGGCCUCAACCUGAGCAGCAUAGGCAUUGUGAGGGAUGUAUCAACCGCCACUGCCAUGUUCCAGUGGAGCCCAGCGUCUCCUGUCAGCUGAUAAGUUGCCACCUGCUCUGUGGUGCUACCUUCCACAUGUGCAAAGAGGCAGAGCACGCGCUCCUCUGCCCUCUAGAGCAGGUUCCAUGCCUCAACUCCGAGUAUGGCUGCCCGCUCUCCAUGGCACGCCACAAGCUGUCUAAGCACCUGCAGGUGUGCCCCGCCAGCGUGGUCUGCUGCUCCAUGGAAUGGAACCGCUGGCCCAAUGUGGACUCAGAAACUGUCCUUCAUGAGAACAUCAUGAAAGAGACUCCCAGUGAGGAGUGUUUGGACACAGCCCUGGCCCUCCAGGACCAGAAGGUUCUCUUCAGAUCCUUGAAAAUGGUAGAGCUUUUCCCAGAAACCAGAGACACCACCGAGGAGGAGCCAGCUAUGAAUGGUGACUCCAGCUGGGAGGAGACUGGAGGUGCAGUCGGGGGAGUGGAUGCUAGGCCAGUGCCACACUGUUGUCUGCCAGCAGCUAACGGGCAAGUGAUGGAACUCAGUCAGGAAGAAAGAGAUGCACUGGCGAAAACCAAAGAAGGUAUGGACCUGGACAAGUUUGGCAAGUGGGAAAGUAUGUUCAGCAAAGAACACGCAGCCUCAGUUUUAGCCGGUUCCUCAGGGAAGAGUGAAGACAAGAGUGGGAAUGUGACCGGGAGUGAGCAGUGUUCCAAUAAUGGCAGCACAGGUGAUGCAGAAGGCUCUCCCGGAGGAAGAGAACCACGGGAAAGCCCGAAGCCCCAGGAUCUUCCCGCUGCCAUGGAGAUGACAGGACUUGCCCCCUGGCAAGAUGGCGUUCUGGAAAGACUGAAAACAGCGGUAGAUGCCAAAGACUAUAACAUGUAUCUGGUGCACAAUGGGCGGAUGCUCAUCCACUUCGGCCAGAUGCCAGCUUGUACGCCCAAGGAGAGAGACUUUGUUUACAGCAACCUCGAGGCGCAAGAAGUGAAAACGGUUUACACCUUCAAAAUUCCUGUGAGCUACUGCGGGAAGCGAGCUCGCCUGGGAGAUGCCAUGUUGAAGUGCAGACCAAGUGAACACAAGGCCGUGGACACUUCCGACUUGGGCGUCUGUGUGGAGGAUCUGCCCAAAUCCGAUCUCAUCAAGACCACCCUCCAGUGUGCUUUGGAAAGAGAGCUCAAAGGCCACGUCAUCUCUGAAUCCAGGAGCAUCGAUGGGCUCUUUAUGGACCUUGCCACCCAAACAUACAACUUUGAGCCAGAGCAGUUUUCCUCAGAAACAGUGUUGGCUGAUGUCCUAGGCACCACUGCCCAAACCGGGGGCUUGCAUGUGGAACUUCACAGCGAGUGUGUGACCCGGAGACACAACAAAAGCAGCUCAGCCUUCACUUUCACCUGCAACAAAUUCUUCCGGAGGGAUGAAUUUCCCCUGCAUUUCAAGAACGUCCACACAGACAUUCAGUCGUGUCUCAACGGCUGGUUCCAGCAUCGAUGCCCUCUUGCCUACUUGGGAUGUACAUUUGUCCAAAACCACUUCCGACCUCCUGGACAAAAAGCAAAAGUAAUCUACAGCCAAGAGCUGAAGACCUUUGCCAUCAAGCCAGAGGUUGCUCCGGAGCUGAGUGAGGGAUGGAAGAGUGACCAGCUCUCAGGCCAUGGUAGGAAAAAUCUGAAUUCUCUAACCAGCCUGCCCCUGGAAGUUUUGCAAUACAUUGCUGGGUUUCUGGACAGCAUCAGCCUGGCCCAGCUCUCCCAGGUGUCUGUACUGAUGAGGAACAUCUGUGCCACUUUGUUGCAAGAGAGAGGGAUGGUCCUCUUGCAAUGGAAGAAGAAGAGGUAUUCUCAUGGGGGCACCUCCUGGAAAGUCCACAGUCAGGUCUGGCAGUUCAGCAGUCUCUUCUCCAAAAUCAAGAGCUGGGAGUUUAACGAAGUCACCUCCAUGUCAGAACACCUGAAAGCCUGUCCUUUCAACAUCGUGGAGCACAAGACUGAUCCGAUUCGUUUGACCAGCAUGUGUCAGCCCCAAGAGCAGGCCCAGGAGAGCUUGGUGUCCACGUUUAGGGCCCGACCACGGGGUAGACACACCUAAAGAUUUCUACACUACUGCUCCUGGCUUCUCAGGGUUCUUGACAGUGGGGCACUACAGUUAGAGGAUACCCUUUCUGAAACCCACAUAUCUACUUCACUGAAUCUAGAGAAUGUGUGAAGACCUUCAGGCCUUAGCAACUUCACUAGGAUAGUUUUCUGAGGUAUGGUUUGUAUGAUAGUGCCACAUUUUUGCCUUGUCUUAAUUCUUUCAUCUUUUCCUUUCCUAAAAUAGAUCCAUCUGGGAGAAAAUUAAGUAAUUUAAGGCCAUUUGAAAAAUGAACCCAAGUCCUUAGUUGACUACAGAACCAGGAAAUUCUGUAACCAGCAUAAACUGGUGAUUCUACAGUGAGCUAUAUAAUUUACAAACCACCUUCAAGUUCUUGAAGCAGGCAAUACAGGGACAGGGUCUGAGAGGCAGUGGCCUCCCUGGGUAUCCCAGGUGGAGGGAACCCAACUGAAAGGUUCUAGAGUGUGGCCUUUCUUGACAGUUAAGGGCUUUUUUAGUCACCCUACUGCAUAAAAGUCCAGAUAGUUCCAAUAGGAUGGACCACACUGGGUGAGCACAGCAAUUUCAAGGACACCACAGGCCAAAGCAAAACAAUCUGUUGUGUAAAGUCUUGGUGACACAGAGAAAGGAAGUCCUUCAAAUGAAGACAAGGCCCAUGGUCUCGGGAAACAAAGUAGCUCAUGGUUGAGAGCCUCUGUCCUAAAGAAUGAUACACUAGCAACAGUAAAUUGGGAUGUGCUCCCCUUUUAGGGUGACAAAUCAGAUCUCACAUAGCUACUCAGUGGCCAUAACUCAAUGUGACUCUUACUUGUUUACAAAAUAAGUUUUAAACAUUUGAUGAUGCUAGAUUGGGAACCAGAGGGAACUGGUCUACCUAAUAUGGCUUUGCAUCCUUGGGCCACAAUGUAAGAAUAUAUCCUUCCUCCAUGGCCUCUUUAGGGAAAUAUGAACCCAGGAAAGUAAUUCAUCUUAGGUUAAGUUACUCUUCCCUUAGCUGGUGUCACUUUCCAGCAAUCCUAGAAGUUCUCAAGCUAGUGAAAAACAAGGCAAAGGAAGGGCAGGCAUCACAGGGAACCAACCAGCCAAGAAUUCAAACAAUGGAGUCUCGCCAAUCUGUGAGCUUGUUGUCUGGGCAUGUGUCUCUCUGACCAUGUCCAGAGCUGUGCAGAAGAAGCCACUGAUGCCUGCAAAGAGUCGGGAUGGCAGCAGAGCAAGCCCAGGCUGAAAGCAUGCUUACUUUUCACUAUAUUCCUCUCAUACUAUUGUGAACACGAUGCUAUGAUUCCUAAUCUUUAAUAGUUUGGUUUGUAGUUCACCACUUUUUUGUGAGUCAUCAUUUUCUAAAACUGUAUCUAGAGUGUUCUCUAAGCUUUUGUUCAGUGGAGAUGACUAACUGAAACAGCUAAACAAUGAAGUGGCCAAAAGAGAAAGCAUAGGUUCUGGCUUCUUCCCACACAGUGGAAUGGAGUUCUCAAAGCCCUUUCAGGGUUUCUUAUUAGAGAAAGAACUAUAGACUGUGGAAAGAAACCCAGGACUCUGGUUACAUGAAGCCAGCAGCUGCAGAGAGACAGGACUCAGCCCCAUAACCUGCAUUGCCAGAGACAACCUGGCCAAGGAGAGCAGUAAGGGAACCCCACACCUGAUUUGGGAUUAGAUACUUCCAACCACACUUUCCCUUCACCAGUUCCUAUCUCAGAGAAGUACUGAGAUGAUUGACAUUGUCAAACAUUUUACAAGGGAAUCCACUGUUUAUGUUAAAAGAAAUCAAGAUACCCCGGGCAUUCCCUGAUCGCUAGAGAUACAUUCAUUUUGUGAGCGGGCAGACAUAAUGGAAGGGAUCUUUUCAGAGGCAUUGGGUUUGAUGGAAUGAUUGGACUAAGGAAACUGCAAAGAGCAGCAUGAUUAGUGGGUGCCCUAUGACAGAAGCAAGACGGCUCCAUGUGGCUUCAGUGUAAACAGCAGCUGAUGAAGCUGAAGAGGGAUGUAUUGCAAGCAUGAGCCUAGGCAGGAAGACAUCCAUGAGCAGAGCCCUUUGAUGAACAUCAUCCUCAAGAAAGGCAACCUAGAGGUGGGAAGCAUCUGAAUGUAGAGCAGAGAGGCUAUAGAUCUGAGCCACAAAUGACCUGUGACCUCAGCAGCACAGGGACAUAAGGAGGAAGCUUGUCUUACAAGAAAAGAUCAAAUGGGAAGUAAAGUGAGAAUUAGAGGUUGGUUUAAAGCAACAGCAACACUGUACAAGUCUAAUGUGUGUGUGAUGCCAAAUCAAAGUGAGAUGGAGAACAGUUUUUUGUAUCCAUGGUGGCUUACCUCUAUACACCAGCAAUCCCAGUGUCUCUUCAAUGGGAAAUAAAAGUUGCUUUGCACUCUGAAA